UAGUGAUUUUCGGGAAAAUCCGUUUGCCGUCGAAUAUAAGGGAUGAUUUAAGUAACCAGCGUUACAAUAUUCUUUUGUUUCUUACAUCGGACGUAAGAAAAUGGCUGAAAAUCUUAACCUCCUAUUGAUUGGUAAAACCGGAAAUGGAAAAAGUGCAACUGCCAAUUUGAUUCUGGGAAACAAAGCUUUCAAAUCCGAGUCCAGCACGAGUUCUGUGACCCUGAGCGUCCAGUCUGGCACCACGACACGUCAUAACCGGACUGUCCAGAUCGUGGAGGCCCCGGGGGUGGGGGACACCAGGCACACGAGGGGGGAGAGUGACCGGAACACGGUGGCCAACUUGUGUAGCGCCAUGGCACUGAGCCCUGAAGGCUACGACGCGGUGCUGCUGGUGCUGCGGUACGGUGGGAGGUUUACGGAGGAGGACGUCAACGUCGUGACGUCACUGAAGAAAAUUCUCGGCGCUGACUUUGUGCAAAAGUUUUGUGUUCUGGUACUGACCUGUGGGGACGUGUUUGCUCGGGAUAGCGAAGAUAGUGGUCAAACAUUUUCUGACUGGUGUAAGGAACAAAAUGGUUCUUUUGGUGUUUUAGUUCAGGAGUGUGUGAGCAGGAUACUUCUGUUUGACAACUACACGAGGGACGAGUCCAAGAUAGACGAGCAGAUAACGAGUCUCAUCUCCACGGUAGACGACCUAAAGCGACAAGAGCUCAAAUAUUCCAGACACAACUUUGAGCUGGCUAAGGUGAUGCAUUUCUGGUCGAGUCCAGGGCACCAGAUGUCACUGAAAACGUCACGAGACAAAUCAGUUCCAUCAAUGCCAGCCUUCUGACGUUGAGUAACCUGGAUGUUGACCACAAGCUUGUCCAGUUAAUGCAGCUGGUUCCUACGGUAGAACAAAUCCUAAAUCUGGUGAGCUCUGAAGAUAAAGGCACCGGAGUUUUGAACAAUCUGAAAGAAACAGCCGACUCUGUUCUACGGAGAAUCCGAAACGAAAUAACUUCAUGUGAACAGAUCAGAGCUGAGAGAGAGAGACAGAGAGCGGAGUGUGAGGAGGUAGAGAGACAGAGACAGUUGCUGGAGGCCCAGAUGAGAGAGGCGGAGGAGCGAAGGAGACAGGAGGAAGCUAGGAGAGCUCAGGAGCUUCAGGCAGCUCAACAAGCUCUGGCUGAAGCUCAGCAGAGAGAAGCGUUGGCCAGACAACAGGCUGUGUAUCACCAACAUCAUCAAAGUAGCAACGAUUGUGUUGUUUUGUAAAGCUCAGCAAAGAGAAGCGUUGACAAGACGUAGCAACGAUUGUGUUAUUUUGGUAGAAAAUCUGGCUAAACGCCAACUUUACUUGAGUAGCAGUUUACUUAUGUACACAUUUAUGUUACAAUCAAACUAGUCCUGUAUUUUUUUUUUCAUAUUUAAGUAGACUAUGCUUGUUAUUUAAUACAAUAAUUCUGGUUGCAUUUCUUAUUUCCUAUUACCAUGAUGUUUCGCAAAAGAGAUAAAAAUUAUAAAAUCCAAAUAAGAUGUAAUCAUAUUAAAAUCAAAAUAAUAUCAAGUCGCAAUUAAAAUCAAAACAAUGUUUUUAAUUAUCAUAAUCAAAAUUACAUUUAUUAAAUUAAAUCACGCGUAAUUAAAAUUAAAUUUAUAAAAAUCAUUAUCAAAAUGUAAUUUUAAUUUAAUUUUAACAAUUAAAAUAAACAUAUUAAACUGUUAAUGUAUUAGAGGUCUCAUUACAAAUGUGAAACAGUAAUUUUAAAUAAUUGAGAUUUUGUGACAGUUAACUCAGUUUGUAAAAAUUAUUGUACCUUUAGUUAUUAUAACAGAUUUAUAACUAAUUAUUAUUGAUUAUUAUAAUUUUUUGUAAAAGUCUAAAUUAGCGAAACUACUUAUGAAAAAAAUUACUUGUACUUAUACGUUAAUUUUAAAACUUUUUAUACUGUUUUUAAAUUAUAAUAAGAUUUAAACAAGAUUUUUUUUUCAUUUUUAAAAUUCAAAUAAAAUCUUCUCUGUCAACUUU